GGAACUGCAGCCAUGAAUGAAGAAAAUAUAGAUGGCACAAAUGGAUGCAGUAAAGUCCGAACUGGUACGCAGAAUGAAGCAGCAUUACUUGCUCUGAUGGAAAAGACUGGUUACAACAUGGUUCAAGAAAAUGGGCAAAGGAAAUUUGGUGGUCCUCCUCCAGGUUGGGAAGGUCCACCUCCACCUAGAGGCUGUGAAGUUUUUGUAGGAAAAAUACCUCGUGAUAUGUAUGAAGAUGAGUUAGUCCCUGUAUUUGAAAGAGCUGGGAAGAUAUAUGAAUUUCGACUUAUGAUGGAAUUUAGUGGUGAAAAUCGAGGUUAUGCUUUUGUCAUGUACACUACAAAAGAAGAAGCCCAGUUAGCCAUCAGAAUUCUUAAUAAUUAUGAGAUUCGACCAGGGAAGUUUAUUGGUGUAUGUGUAAGCUUGGAUAAUUGCAGAUUAUUUAUUGGAGCUAUUCCCAAGGAAAAGAAGAAAGAAGAAAUUUUGGAUGAAAUGAAGAAAGUUACAGAAGGAGUUGUAGAUGUCAUUGUUUAUCCAAGUGCAACUGAUAAGACUAAAAAUCGUGGUUUUGCAUUUGUUGAAUAUGAAUCCCACAGAGCUGCUGCUAUGGCCCGGAGAAAACUAAUUCCAGGAACAUUCCAACUAUGGGGCCAUACCAUUCAAGUGGAUUGGGCUGACCCAGAGAAAGAGGUUGAUGAGGAAACCAUGCAGAGAGUUAAAGUUCUCUAUGUUAGAAAUUUAAUGAUUUCAACUGCAGAGGAAACAAUUAAAGCAGAAUUCAAUAAAUUCAAACCUGGUGCAGUUGAAAGAGUAAAGAAACUUAGAGAUUAUGCUUUUGUUCAUUUUUUCAACCGAGAAGAUGCAGUGGCUGCUAUGUCUGUUAUGAAUGGGAAGUGCAUUGAUGGAGCAAGUAUUGAGGUAACACUGGCAAAACCAGUAAAUAAAGAAAAUACUUGGAGACAGCAUCUUAAUGGUCAGAUUAGCCCCAAUUCUGAAAAUUUGAUUGUGUUUGCUAACAAAGAAGAGAGCCAUCCAAAAACUCUAGGCAAGCCACCAGCUCUUCCAGCUCGUCUCAAUGGUCAGCAUAGCCCAGGCCCCUCUGAAAUCGAUAGAUGCACUUACCCAUUUUUUCCUGGAACAAAGCUUACUCCAAUUAGUAUGUAUUCUUUAAAAUCAAAUCAUUUCAAUUCUGCAGUAAUGCAUUUAGAUUAUUACUGCAAUAAAAAUAAUUGGGCACCACCAGAAUAUUAUUUAUAUUCAACAACAAGUCAAGAUGGCAAAGUCCUCUUGGUAUAUAAAAUCGUUAUUCCUGCUAUUGCAAAUGGAUCCCAGAGUUACUUCAUGCCAGACAAGCUCUGUACUACGUUAGAAGAUGCAAAGGAACUGGCAGCCCAGUUUACAUUACUUCAUUUGGACUACAAUUUCCGUCGCAGCUCAAUAAAUAGUCUUUCCCCUGUUAGUGCUACCCUCUCUUCUGGGAUUCCCAGCGUGCUUCCUUAUACUUCAAGGCCUUAUUCUUAUCCAAGCUAUCCCUUAUCACCAACAAUAUCACUUGCUAAUGGCAGCCAUGUUGGACAGCGACUGUAUAUCUCCAAUCAGGCCUCAUUCUUCUGAAGAAAUACUGUAAACAUGAGUAUGAAAGUUUCUUUGUAAAGCAUGCUAAUUAAAAUACUGUUCUAUUUUAGAAUUGGGCUUGCACUUUUGGUUUUAAAAUGAUAGAUAUAUAUUUAUUUCAACAAAUGAGCCAUAAUUCAGAAUUAUCCACCGUUGUUAGAACUUAUAAAAAUGUAAACUUUUGCCACUUUAAAUACUUCUAUCGAUAAUUCAUGAGCAAGCAAUAAAACCCAUUAGUUUAUGCUAAAUUUUUGCAUAAUAACUUUGCUAUAUAGCAUUUCACAAUAUUAAAGCACUUGCAGACAAUGGUUACACUGGAUUUGAUUACCAAGGAUCACUAUCUGUCUUAGAGAUGAGAACAAUUAUAACCAGAAGCAUCUAACUAUUAUGUAGAAAGAAAUGAAGGAGAUAAAGAGAAACAAAUUUUACUCGGUACUAAAGAAAAAAGCAAUUAACCAUUGUGGUCCUUGAACUAUUAAUAUUUUAGUUAAUUAUUUGUUAUAGAAAUAAAUCAUAAUUUUGCUGUUAAUGUAGUUAAGGUUUAUAUGGUUAUACUUGUGUUUUUGAUAUUCACUGUGUAGUUGUUUGAGUAAUAAGUGUUAUGGUUAUUUAAUGUUGAAAUCAUGUGUUGUUUAAUUUUUGUACUUGAAUUCAAAUUUUUGACAUUAAAUAUGUGAUGUUU